AUGGAUUCUUCUGAAUGGCUGGGGUCGGGAGGGAGGUGCUUGUGAUGGAGAUACAUGUAAAGAUGCGCUUCUCCCCCUCAGUGCUCUACAGCUCGAGCACACAACGGUGCUAUAGUUCAACAUGAACGCUCUUUACAUCCUAUUAUCAUUUGAAUCGUGCACGGCUCGUUUUUUUCCAUGCAUUGUACGAUUUUUACACGUCUAAUUGAUGAUGAUGGCUGUACGUUUAUACCGCUGCGCAGGCGCAGUGCAGUUUCGUGUGUUUUUAUUUUUCUGUUGCUGUUGCUUACAUUUGGCUUUAAUUUGCACUGCACAUGAUGAUGUCCGUGAAGAUGGACGUUGGCAUGGCGACACGCGCAUCCAUGACAACCUGGAGCGCUAUAUAACUUAUCCACAGUGGAUCAGCCCAGUCAGACAUAAAAGAUCUCAUGUGGCAAACAAGCAUCUGUCUGAGGCGGAGGUCAAGAUUGCCGUAGCGGGAGAAGAUCUGAUUCUACAACUCCAGAGGAAUGAGGAGCUGUUUUCACCUGAAUAUCAAGAGAUAUGGUACGAUCCAAAUGGAAUCCGUCAGUUUUCCAGACCAUCCAUCAGGGACCACUGUUAUUAUCAUGGGACAGUCAAAGGGUUUCAGGGGUCCAGUGUGGUCCUCAGUACCUGUGAUGGACUCAGGGGCAUGAUAACAGUCAACCAUAGCGUGAGCUACAUGAUCGAACCGCUGGCUAACCAAACACGCUCUCAGGGACAUGCUGUAUACAACACUCAGAACCUGAAACUACCGGUGGGCACCUGCGGACAUCACCAUGGAGACGGGAAUCACACGGAAAGCCUUCAAGAGCUGAUGGAUGUAAUUGCGUAUCAUGGGCACAGGGACAGAAGAGAUGUCAGCAGCAGCAUGAAAUACGUAGAGCUGAUGGUGGUGGCGGAUCACGCUGAGUUUGUCAAACAUGGUCGAGACAUUGAAAGGACCAAGGCGAAGCUGGUUGAAGCUGCUAACUUUGUGGAUAAGUAUUACAAAACACUGAACAUCCGUGUGGCACUGAUCUGGCUGGAGAUCUGGAACAAUCAAGACAAGAUCAUUGUGACUGAUAACCCCUACAGCACCCUGGGGGCAUUUCUGACCUGGAGGAGGAAACAGCUCCCAAAUCUGCCCAAUGACAACGCUCAGCUUAUAACGGGUGUUUCAUUUCGAGGCACCAUCAUUGGUCUGGCACCUCUUAAAGCCAUGUGUUCUGAUUACCAGUCAGGUGGAGUCAACUCGGACCACUCUGACAGCGCGGUUGGCAUCGCCGCCACCGUGGCUCAUGAGAUGGGCCAUAACUUUGGCAUGAGCCAUGACACUGCACGCUGCUGUCUCGCUCAGCCUGAGGAAGGCGGCUGCAUCAUGGCUGCUGCCACAGGGGAUCCGUUUCCUCGUGUCUUUAACCCGUGCAAUCAAAGGGAGCUGAACGGGUACCUGAUCUCGGGCGGAGGGAAGUGUUUGUUCAACCCUCCCAACACCAGAGUGAUGUACGGAGGUCAGCGCUGUGGAAACGGAUACUUGGAGGAAGGAGAAGAGUGUGACUGUGGAACAGUGGAGGAGUGUUCGAGUCCAUGUUGUAAUGCCAACAACUGCACGCUGAAGAUCGGAGCGGAGUGUGCGCAUGGAGUUUGCUGCCACGAGUGCAAGCUGAAUAGCCCAGGAGUGAUGUGCCGACCUCCAUCAGGUUCAUGUGACCUGCCCGAAUACUGUGAUGGGAAAUCGGAGUCCUGCCCGGCUAACUUGUACCUGAUGGAUGGCAGCAGUUGUGCGAGGGGCAAGGCCUACUGUUACACGGGCAUGUGUCUGACCCUGGAGCAACAGUGCCUCUCUCUCUGGGGCAAAGAUGCCCUUCCUGCUCCUGAUCUUUGCUUUACUAAAGUAAAUGAAGCUGGUGAUUCGUUUGGAAACUGUGGAAGCGAUCUGAUGGGUACAUACAGGAGCUGCAAUGAGAGAAAUGCUAAGUGCGGGAAGAUUCAGUGCCUGAGUUCUGCCAGCAAACCUAUAGAGUCCAACGCUGUGGCUAUUGACACCAGCAUCCACACUGGAGCAGAAGAUAAGAAGAUCUUAUGCAGAGGGACACAUGUUUACCGGCAGGGGCAGGGUGACACUCUAGACCCAGGUUUGGCUCUGACCGGGACCAAAUGUGGGGACAAUGCGAUGUGUUUUGAUGGUGAAUGCCGCAAUACAUCCUUCCUGCAUACAGACGAAUGCAAUGCCAAAUGUCAUGGUAAAGGGCUUUGCAAUAACAACCACAACUGUCAUUGUGACUCGGGAUGGUCACCACCAUUUUGUGAUAAAUCGGGUUCAGGAGGCAGCGUGGACAGCGGACCUGUAAUCACACACGGCAGCUUUUAUCUUGUACUGGUCCCCCUUGUACUGGUGGUUUUUAUUUUGGCUUUUCUUGGUGUCGGUUUGCACUACUAUAGAAAGAAGCCCCAGCCCAACAAAGGCAGCGUCCCUCCAAAGAAUCAAAUAUGCAUCAACGUUCCAGAUCCCCACAAGUCAAAAAGUCGUAAGACGGGUCACACCAACCCAGUGUUCCAGCCAAAGAAACCUCACGCUGAUGAACAGAAGGUCAGUCCUCGGGCAAGUCCUACUAGUUCAUCCAGAUCCAGACAUUCUGUCGUCCGUCCCGCUGUAAAACCUCCUCCAAUCCCAGCCUACACCCAAUAUCUGCAUUCAGAGACCCGACCAUCCCCAUCCGUUCCUCCCAAAACAAGACCAGCCCCUCCCAACAGACCCCCUCCGCCCUGUCCCGUGACCAAACCUUCCCGAACCCCAGAGACAUUUCCUAAGAAUGGCUUGCCAGUAUCAGCAGCCAUAAUGCAGAAUGGGAAAUUCAAUCUAACGCCCCCUUCUGGACACUUGCAAAAUGUCAGGUUCCAAAGGGACAUUUCUGGAAAGAGUUGAGUCUCAGCGAUGCUCACCAAUCAGGUCUGCACCUUUUAAGAUGUCAUUAAGAGUGACCAAUCAGAACGCCUCACUCAAAGUGAUGCCCGCCUUAUUGACUCUUAUUGAACAGAAUUGUGGAAACCUGCAAACUUCGGCUGUACCCCCGUACAGCUCCUCUGUUCCGGUGCCAUAUUCCAUUUCUUAUUUUAUGUGUAUUUAUUACUUGGACAUCAGAAGAAACAGCUAUGAAGUAUGGCAUUCUAAUUAAAUAAGAGCAUGGGCCAUUUGAAACAAUAUCUUGCAGCAAGAAUAUGAAUUAUAAUUUUUUUGCACAAAGUAUCAUAUAAAUAGAGUAAAGUGUAAGAUGGAAGCAAACUAACUGCAUAUGAUAUUUACAGUCUGUCUGGUUCGUAUGUAACAAACAGGUUUGUCAUUAACCUGCACUGCCUAUUGUUGUUGAGUACUGUGUUAAUCUGUACUCAGGAAACUUAUCUUAAAAGUAGAAUGAAGAUAAGGUCAUAAAGAUGUUUUUUAUAGCAAAUACUCAGAUGAACUACAGAUGGACUGUAUGGCUGUGUGUUCUUUUUAUGUUCAGUUCUGUGUAAAUGUGUACUGUACAGUAACAGGUAAAACUAACCUGUAUGGGGUGUUUGCAAUGAUGCUGGAUAGAUAUUGUGGAAGAGAAAUCCAUUAGGCUACUCCUGGUGCUUUGAUUCUAAAAUCUCAUAUGGGAGAACAACCUUUUGAAAUAUCACUUGAUUAAUUGUUCUUCUUAACAAGGGCAUUAACCCAGGGAAUGUAUUUGGGGUUUAAAAACCUAAAUCAUGUUCAUGUGUAUCCCUAGAAAAUGUUCAAAUAUUGUUUGUUUUAUCUUUAUUGUUUGGGGCAUAUGAUGAUAAUAGCACCUCUCAAGCUUCAUGUUUUGUUUUAGGGGACUGUGACCAUACUGGAUUUCUGCCUUUAAAUAGUCAAACUGUUAUUUAUUUAUAGUGUAAAGAUGCAAUGAUGCCUUAAUGAAACUGAUCAACAUUACAUGAAUGCUAUUAUUGAUAAUGUUUAUUAUCAAAGGUUGGCUUAUUGUGGGUGUAAAGUUGGCCCGAUAUUGCAGACUGCAUAGGAACAGGAAAACUGCACUGCAAUUUUUAUUGUUUCAGUUUAAAAAAUUUCAGUUCAAAAUAAUUUCUUCCUAUGCAAAAUAGGCUGUAAUACAGUGCCUUCCAUGUCAUAUCAGAAAUAAAUUUCCAUCAGUAAAUCGUGAUGUUUCCCAUUGUAUUAUUUACUGGAAUGGAAUGUACUAUAGUUACCCGAUAAGCAUUUUGUUCUUUGUGUGUCAUAAAAAGCCAUGUUUCUCAACAUUGUUGUUGAGAACAGUUGAGAAGCUGUUGGGAAAUUACAAAUUUCACAUGGCAGGGCACUUGCCAUAAUUGUCAUUAUUUUAAUAAUGAAAACAGAGUAUAUGUGUUUAACACAAUCUAAACCCUUU